UGCCUGAACUGCCAGAUGCAGAGGGCUCUGGGGAUGGACAUGACCACGGCGCCUCGCUCCAGGAGCCAGCAGCAGCUGCACUCCCCAGCCACUCAGCCCCUGGGGAAGCCGGAGCAAGAGAGACCACGGGGCCCCGGGGGGCCACAGCCGGGCCCCCGCCAGGCUGAGACAGCCAGGGCCACCUCAGUGCUGGGACCUGCCCAGGCAGCCGCCCCUCCAGAGGUGGGGAAGGUGUCUCCUCAGCCCUCUCACUCCAUCAAGCCUUCCACAGCUGAGCCCAGGCCACCUGGAGGAGAUACCCUGGCCAAAAGUGCCACCACAGUGCCCUCUGGGCCUGGUGCUGCUGAGCAGACCCAGGAGGGCCUCACUGGGAAGCUCUUCGGUCUUGGUGCAUCGCUGCUGACCCAGGCGAGUACCCUCAUGUCUGUGCAGCCUGAGGCCGAUACCCAGAGCCAGCCUGCUCCCAGCAAGGGGCCACCCAAGAUUGUCUUCAGUGAUGCCAGCAAGGAGGCUGGCCCAAGACCCCCAGGCUCAGGGCCUGGGCCUGGGCCAGCACCUGGAGCCAAAACUGAGCCUGCAGCUAGAACAGGUCCUGUAUCAGGACCUGGAGCCCUGGCAAAAACUGGGGGAACGACCAGUCCAAAGCAUGGCAGAGCAGAACACCAGGCAGUGUCCAAGGCUACUGCCAAGCCAAAGACCAUGCCGAAGGAAAAGGCCACCUGCCCACUGUGCCAAGCCGAGCUCAAUGUGGGCAGCAAGGGCCCAGCCAACUACAACACCUGCACUACCUGCAAGCUCCAGGUGUGCAACCUGUGUGGCUUCAACCCGACGCCCCACCUGGUGGAGAAAACUGAGUGGCUCUGUCUGAACUGCCAAACUAAGCGACUGCUGGAGGGUAGCCUGGGAGAACCGACCCCCCUACCACUGCCCACCUCACAGCAGCCCCCCUCAGGGGCCCCUCACCGUGUGGCUGGAACAACCCCUCUGAAGCAGAAAGGACCACAGGGGCCGGGCCAGCCAUCAGUCCCUCUGCCCGCCAAGGCCAGCCCCCAGGCAAAGCCCCUCAGGGCUUCUGAACCCAGCAGGACCCCGAGCAGUGCCCAGGAAAAGAAGACAGGAGUCCCAGCUAAAGCUGAGCCUGUGCCGAAACCGCCUCCAGAGACUACUGUGCCCCACGGGACUCCUAAAGCAAAAACUGCGGUGCGGAGGACUGAACCCACCACCCCUGUCGUCAAGGCUGUUCCAGAAGCCCCCAAGGGUGGGGAAGCGGAGGAGCUGGUGGGCAAGCCUUACUCUCAGGACCUGUCUCGGAGCCCACAGAGCCUCAGCGACACAGGCUAUUCUUCUGAUGGAGUCUCCAGCUCCCAGAGUGAGAUCACAGGUGUGGUGCAGCAGGAGGUGGAGCAGCUGGACAGUGCAGGGGUGACAGGGCCACGCCCACCCAGCCCCUCUCAGCUUCACAAGGUGGGCAGUGUGCGGCCCUCCCUGCAGGCCCAGGGCCCAGCCUCCAGUGGCGAGCGGAGCAAGCCACCCAGCAGGAGCAGUGGGGAGGAGCAGAAGCGGCGGCCCCACUCCUUGUCCAUCAUGCCUGAGGCCUUCGACUCCGAUGAGGAGCUGGAGGAUAUCCUGGAGGAAGAGGAGGACUCUCUGGAGUGGGGGCGCCAGAGGGAGCAGCGGGACACAGCUGAGUCCUCGGACGACUUUGGCAGCCAGCUGAGGCAUGACUAUGUGGAGGACAGCAGUGAGGGCGGCCUGUCCCCUCUUCCGUCCCAGCCUGCAGCCCGGGCAGCAGAAAUGACUGAUGAGGAGUUUAUGCGGCGACAAAUACUGGAGAUGAGUGCUGAGGAAGACAAUCUGGAAGAGGAUGAUGUGGCCACCUCCAGGCAUGGCCUGGCCAAACAUGGCACCCAGAAGGGUGGCCCCAGGCCCAGGCCCGAGCCCAGCCAGGAGCCAGCAGCACUGCCUAAGAGGCGCCUGCCCCACAACGCCACCACGGGCUAUGAGGAGCUGCUCUCCGAGGGAGGCCCAGCAGAGGCCAUCGACGGCACCGGGGCCCUGCAGGGAGGGCUCCGCCGCUUCAAGACCAUUGAGCUCAAUAGCACAGGCAGCUAUGGCCACGAGCUGGACCUGGGCCAAGGCCCCGACCCUGGCCUGGAUCGCGAGCCUGAGCUGGAGAUGGAGAGUCUGACAGGCUCGCCUGAGGACCGCUCCCGCGGGGAACACUCCUCCACCUUGCCAGCCUCCACGCCCAGCUACACAUCGGGCACCUCUCCCACCUCCCUGUCCUCACUGGAGGAGGACAGCGACAGCAGCCCCAGCCGCCGGCAGCGACUGGAAGAAGCAAAGCAGCAGCGAAAGGCCAGGCACCGCUCCCACGGGCCCCUGCUGCCCACCAUCGAGGACUCCUCAGAGGAGGAGGAGCUGCGGGAGGAGGAGGAGCUGCUGCGGGAGCAGGAGAAGAUGCGGGAGGUGGAGCAGCAGCGCAUCCGCAGCACCGUCCGCAAGACCCGUCGGGACAAGGAGGAGCUGCGGGCCCAGCGGCGGCGUGAGCGCUCCAAGACACCCCCCAGCAACCUGUCACCUAUCGAAGACGCCUCCCCCACGGAGGAGCUGCGGCAGGCAGCCGAGAUGGAGGAGCUCCACCGCUCUUCUUGCUCGGAGUACUCGCCCUCGCCCUCCCUGGACUCCGAGGCCGAGGCCCUGGAUGGCGGCCCCACCCGGCUGUAUAAGUCGGGCAGUGAGUACAGCCUGCCUACUUUCAUGUCCCUCUACUCGCCAACUGAGACGCCCUUGGGCAGCUCCAGCGCGCCCAGCUCCGGCCGGCCCCUCAAGAGCGCCGAGGAGGCCUACGAGGAGAUGAUGCGGAAGGCCGAGCUGCUCCAGCAGCAGCAGGGCCAGGCCGCGGGGGCCAGGGGGCCCCAUGGAGGCCCCUCUCAGCCCGCGGGCCCCCGGGCCCAGGGUUCCUUUGAAUUCCAGGACACCGCAGACCACGACUAUGGCAGGGCUGCUCCACCUCCCUCGGAGGGCACGCCUGCCGGCCUGGGAGCAGCUGUGUAUGAGGAGAUCCUUCAGACAUCACAGAGCAUUGCCCGCAUGCGGCAGGCCUCCUCCCGGGACCUGGCCUUUGCCGAGGACAAGAAGGAGAAGCAGUUUUUGAAUGCUGAGAGUGCAUACACGGACCCAAUGAAGCAAAAUGGAGGCCCACUUACCCCUGGUACCAGCCCCACCCAGCUCGCUGCCCCUGUGCCCUUCUCCACCUCCAUCUCCUCAGACAGUAGUGGGGGCCGAGUCAUUCCUGAUGUCCGAGUUACUCAGCAUUUUGCAAAGGAACCUCAGGACCCCCUGAAGCUGCACAGCUCUCCUGCCUCCCCCAGCUCUGCCUCCAAGGAGGUCAGCACAUCCUUUUCCCAGGGCCCUGGGACCCCAGCGACCACAGCUAUGGCUCCUUGUCCAGCGGGCCCGCCUCGAGGCUAUGUGACUCCGAUGUCCCCAGCAGGCUCUGAGCGCAGCCCUUCACCGUCUUCCAUAGCCCACAGCUAUGGACAGAGCCCAGCCACUGCAAACUAUGGGUCCCAAACUGAGGAGCUGCCCCAGGUCCCCAGUGGCCCUGCUGCCAGUGGACGGGCUGCCAGAGAGAAGCCCCUGCGUGUGAGUGAUGGCAAGAGCGGCACGACCCAGCCCUCCCAGGGAUAUUCCUACUUUGCGGGCUCCAGCUCACCUCUCUCCCCAUCAUCUCCCUCAGAGAGUCCCACAUUCUCCCCUGGCAAACUGGGCCCAAGGGCCACAGUAGAGUUCUCUACACAGACGCCAAGCCCAACCCCUGCCUCGGAUAUGCCACGGAGCCCUGGUGCCCCCACCCCGUCCUCCAUGGUGGCUCAGGGCACACAAACCCCACACCGACCCAGCACGCCGCGCCUAGCCUGGCAGCCGUCCUCGCAGGAGGCCCCCGUCAUAGUCAUCACACUGGCAUCCGAUGCCUCCAGCCAGACUAGGAUGGUACAUGCCAGUGCCUCCACCUCCCCAGUGUGUUCCCCCACUGACACCCAGCCCACCACCCACAGCUACAGCCAGACAACACCUCUGAGUGGGUCUCAGCUGCCCUCGGAGCCUCCUGGGCCACCUGGUUUCCCCCGGGCAGCCAGCGCUGGUAUGGAUGGGCCCCUGGCACUGUAUGGCUGGGGUGCCCUCCCUGCUGAGAACAUCUCCCUGUGCCGGAUCUCCUCUGUCCCUGGAACGUCCAGGGUUGAGCCAGGUCCUAGGCCCCCUGGCAGUGCCGUAGUAGACCUUCGCACGGCCGUCAAGCCCACGCCCAUCAUCCUCACUGACCAGGGCAUGGACCUGACUUCUCUUGCCGUGGAAGCAAGGAAGUAUGGCCUUGCCCUGGAUCCAGUCCCAGGACGGCAGUCAACAGCUGUACAGCCUCUGGUCAUUAACCUCAACACCCAGGAGCAGACCCAUGCCUUCCUCAGCACUGCCACCACCAUGAGCAUCACCAUGGCCUCGUCUGUGCUCGUGGCUCAGCAAAAGCAGCCUGUGGUCUAUGGAGACCCCUUUCAGAGCCGGCUUGACUUUGGCCAGGGUGUAGGUAGUCCCGUGUGCCUGGCCCAGGUCAAGCAGAUAGAGCAGGCUGUCCAGACAGCCCCGAACCGAGGUGGGCCCCGGGGAAGACCCAGGGAGGCCAAGUUUGCCAGGUAUAACCUGCCCAACCAGGUAGCACCUCUGGCCAGAAGAGAUGUUUUGAUCACCCAGAUGGGCACUUCCCAGAGUGUUGGCCUCAAGUCAGGCCCUGUGCCAGAGCCCGGUGCUGACCCCCACCGGGCCACCCCUGGAGAGCUGCGGUCUCACGCUCUGCCAGGUGCCAGGAAGCCACACACAGUGCUGGUGCAGAUGGGAGAGGGCACGGCAGGCACUGUGACCACGCUGCUCCCAGAGGAACCAGCGGGUGCCAUGGACCUCUCUGGGAUGAGGCCCGAGAGCCAGCUGGCCUGCUGUGACGUGGUCUACAGGUUCCCCUUUGGCAGUAGCUGUGCAGGCACUUUCCACCCUGCCCCCAGCGCACCCGAGAAGAGUGUGGCAGAUGUUGCCCCACAUGGCCAAAGCAGCAGUCUCUUCUACAGUCCUCGGGACCCUGAGCCUCCCGAGCCCCCCACCUACCGGGCACAGGGGGUAAUGGGUCUUGGGUCCCAUGAGGAGCAGAGGCCCUACCCACAGGGCCUCCCUGGUAGGCUGUACUCCUCCAUGUCCGACACCAAUUUGGCCGAGGCCAGCUUCAACUACCAUGCCCACAGGAUGGGGCAGCUCUUCCAGGGCCCUGGACGGGACUCCGCUGUGGACCUCAGCUCGCUAAAGCAAUCCUACAGCCUGGGCUUUGCAGACGGACGCUGCCUUGGGCAGGGCUUGCAGUAUGGCUCGUUCACGGACCUGCGUCAUCCCACAGACCUUCUGACUCAACCACUCCCCAUGCGGCGCUACAGCUCAGUGUCAAACAUCUACUCAGACCACAGGUAUGGCCCUCGGGGAGAUGCAGCUGGCUUCCAAGAGGCCAGCCUGGCCCACUACAGUGCCACCACGGCCCGCGAGAUCAGCCGCAUGUGCGCAGCCCUCAACUCCAUGGACCAGUAUGGAGGGCGACAUGGCAGUGGCGGUGGUGGCCCUGAUCUUAUGCCGUAUCAGCCCCAGCCCGGGCCUGGGCUAAGUACCCCGCAGGGUCUGGGUCCACUCAGACCUGGCCUCCUUGGGAACCCCACCUUCCCGGAGGGCCACCCAAAUCCUGGGACCCUGCCCCAGUACAGGCCUUCAGCAACCCAGGAAGCAGCAGUCAGACAGCUGCUGCCAUCCACAGCCACUGUGCGUGCAGCUGAUGGCAUGAUCUACUCGACUAUCAACACCCCAAUUGCUGCAACACUGCCCAUCACCACCCAGCCCGGCUCAGUUCUGCGGCCCAUGGUGCGUGGCGGCAUGUACAGGCCUUAUGCAUCUGGUGGGGUCACAGCUGUGCCACUCACCAGCCUAACACGCAUGCCCAUGAUUGCCCCCAGGGUGCCUCUUGGGCCCACGGGGCUGUACCGAUAUCCUGCACCAAGUAGAUUCCCUACCGCUUCCAGCAUGCCGCCUGCUGAGGGUCCUGUCUAUCUGGGGAAACCUGCUGCUGCUAAGGCUCCAGGGGCUGGGGGCCCUCCAAGGCCAGAGCCGUCGGCAGGGACAGCUCGAGAAGAGCCUCUUUCCACAGCCACCCCUGCUGCUGCUAAGGAGUCUGUAGCAGCCCCGGCCCCGGCCCCGGCCCCGGCCCCGGCCCCGGCCCCGGCCCUGGCCCCAGCCGCAGUCCCAGGCCCCCUGGCUGGCCAGAAGCAACCAGUAGAUGCUGCUCCUGGAGGCAGUAGUGGGGCGCCCAGCCGGCCAGGGCUCGAGAAGGAGGAAGCAUCACAGGAGGAGAGGCAGCGGAAGCAGCAGGAGCAGCUGCUGCAGCUUGAGCGGGAGCGGGUGGAGCUGGAGAAGCUGCGGCAGCUGCGGCUGCAGGAGGAGCUCGAGCGGGAGCGGGUAGAGCUGCAGAGGCACCGGGAGGAAGAGCAGCUGCUGGUGCAGCGGGAGCUGCAGGAGCUGCAGACCAUCAAGCACCAUGUGCUGCAGCAGCAGCAGGAGGAACGGCAAGCCCAGUUUGCCCUGCAGCGGGAACAGCUGGCACAACAACGUCUGCAGCUGGAGCAGAUCCAGCAGCUGCAGCAGCAGCUGCAGCAGCAGCUAGAGGAACAAAAGCAGCGUCAGAAGGCCCCCUUCCCUGUGACCUGUGAUGGACCUAGCCGAGGGCCUCCCCCUGCGGCCACUGAGCUGGCUCAGAAUGGCCAGUACUGGCCGCCCCUGACCCAUGCAGCUUUCAUUGCCGUGGCAGGACCUGAGGGGCUGGGGCAGCCUCGGGAGCCUGUGCUGCACCGUGGCCUCCCCAGCUCUGCUUCGGACAUGUCACUGCAGACUGAGGAGCAGUGGGAGGCAAGCCGAAGUGGCCUCAAGAAGCGGCACUCAAUGCCACGCCUGCGGGACACCUUCGAGGCGGAGUCGGGGCCUGAGCCCUGCAUGGUCAGGAGGAUUGCAGACAGCAGUGUGCAGACAGAUGAUGAGAAUGGGGAGGGCCGCUACUUCCUCACCCGGCGGCGCCGGGUCCGACGGAGUGCUGACUGCAGCGUGCAGACGGAUGAUGAGGACAACGCCGAAUGGGAGCAGCCAGUGCGCCGCCGCAGAUCCCGUCUUUCCCGCCACUCAGACUCCGGCUCAGACAGCAAACAUGAUGCUACUGCCUCAUCAUCCACCGCUGCCACCGCUGUGAGGGCCAUGAGUAGCGUGGGCAUCCAGACCAUCAGUGACUGCUCCGUGCAGACGGAGCCUGACCAGCUGCCCAGAGUCUCUCCAGCCAUCCACAUCACAGCUGCUACUGACCCCAAGGUGGAGAUCAUCAGGUACAUAUCUGCGCCAGAGAAGACCGGGCGCGGGGAAAGCCUGGCCUGCCAGACGGAGCCGGAUGGGCAGACGCAGGGUGGGGCUGGGCCACAGCUUAUAGGGCCAGCUGCCAUCAGCCCCUACCUGCCUGGCAUCCAGAUCGUCACCCCAGGGCCCCUGGGAAGAUUCGAAAAAAAGAAGCCGGAUCCCCUGGAGAUUGGAUACCAGGCCCACCUACCCCCGGAGUCCCUUUCACAGCUUGUGAGCCGCCAGCCUCCCAAGUCCCCUCAGGUCCUCUACUCACCAGUCUCACCCCUGUCCCCACACCGGCUCCUGGACGCCUCCUUUGCUUCCAGUGAGAGGCUGAACAAGGCUCAUGUGAGUCCCCAGAAGCACUUCGCGGCUGACAGCGCUCUCCGCCAACAGACGCUGCCUCGCCCCAUGAAGACCCUGCAGCGGUCCUUGUCUGACCCUAAGCCCCUCAGCCCCACCGCCGAGGAGUCUGCCAAAGAGAGGUUCUCCCUCUACCAGCACCAGGGGGGACUGGGUAGCCAGGUGUCGGCGCUGCCACCCAACGGCCUGGUCCGCAAGGUGAAGCGGACACUGCCCAGCCCUCCUCCAGAGGAGGCUCAUCUGCCCCUGGCUGGCCAGGCCCCCCCACAGCUGUAUGCGGCCAGCCUGCUGCAGCGUGGGCUGGCGGGGCCCACCGCUGUCCCUGCCACCAAGGCCAGUCUGCUCCGGGAGCUGGACCGGGACCUGCGGCUGGUGGAACAUGAGUCCACCAAGCUGCGCAAGAAGCAGGCAGAGCUGGACGAGGAGGAGAAGGAGAUUGAUGCCAAGCUCAAGUACCUGGAGCUGGGCAUCACACAGCGCAAAGAGUCUUUGGCCAAAGACCGGGGUGGCCGCGACUACCCACCCUUGCGUGGUCUCGGUGAGCAUCGUGACUACCUAUCGGACAGUGAGCUCAACCAGCUGCGGCUCCAGGGCUGUGCCACUCCUGGCCAGUAUGCAGAUUUCACUGCCACUGCCGCUGCUCCCGCCACCCCUGCGGGCCCCACUGCCUUCCAGCAGCCCCGGUUCACACCUCCGGCCCCGCAGUACCCUGCAGGCAGUGGUGGGCCAGCUCCAAAUGGAUUCCCAGCCCACCAAGCACCCACCUACCCUGGCCCCGGCACGUACCCAGCACCUGCCUUUCCUCCUGGCACCAGUUACCCUGCUGAGCCUGGUCUGCCAAGCCAGCAGGCUUUCCGUCCCACAGGCCAUUAUGCAGCCCAAACACCCAUGCCAACUACACAGAGCACCCUUUUCCCGGUCCCAGCUGACAGCCGCACCCCCCACCAGAAGCCACGCCAGACAUCACUAGCCGACUUGGAGCAGAAGGUGCCCACCAACUAUGAAGUGAUCGCCAGCCCCGCCGUGGCCAUGUCUUCAGCCCCAUCUGAAACCAGCUACAGUGGCUCAGCGGUAAGCAGCAGCUAUGAGCAAAGCAAGGCCCCUGAGCUGUCUCGGGCCAGCGACCGCAGCAGCAUGAGCCCAGCCCCCACCUUCCCCUCUGACUCACACUACACCAGCUUGGAGCAGAACGUCCCUCGGAACUAUGUAAUGAUUGACGACAUCAGUGAGCUGACCAAGGACAGCACCUCCACUGUCCCUGAUAGCCAGCGACUGGAGGCCCUGGGGCCGAGCAGCAGUGGACGUCCAGGGAAAGAGCCAGGAGAGCCAGGUGUCCUAGAGGGGUCCACACUGCCCUGCUGCUAUGCCCGAGGGGAGGAAGAGUCCGAGGAAGACUCUUAUGAUCCCCGUGGGAAGAGCGGCCAUCACCGGAGCAUGGAGAGCGAUGGUCGACCAACCAGCACCCAGUACUACGGUGAGAGCGACUACCGCCAUGGGGCUCGAGCAGAGAAGUAUGGUCCAGGCCCCAUGGGGCCCAAGCAUCCCUCCAAGAGCCUGGCGCCAGCUGCCAUCUCCUCAAAACGCAGCAAGCACCGGAAGCAGGGCAUGGAGCAAAAGAUCUCCAAGUUCUCGCCUAUUGAAGAAGCCAAGGAUGUGGAGUCAGACCUGGCCUCCUACCCUUCCCCUGCAGUCAGCAGUGGCCUGGCCUCUCGGGGCAGGAAGUUCCAGGAUGAAAUCACGUAUGGGCUCAAGAAGAACGUGUAUGAGCAGCAGAGGUACUAUGGGGUGUCCAGCCGGGACCCGGUAGAGGAGGAUGACCGCAUGUACAGUGGGAGCAGCCGAUCCCGGGUGGCAGCUGCGUACAGUGGGGAGAAGUUGUCCAGCCAUGACUUCGGUGGCCGGGGCAAGGGAUACGAGCGGGAACGGGAAACUGUGGAGCGACUUCAAAAAGCAGGCCCCAAGCCCUCAUCCCUGAGCAUGGCCCACAGUAGGGCCCGGCCCCCCAUGCGGAGCCAGGCCUCUGAAGAGGAGAGCCCUGUCAGCCCCUUGGGACGGCCCCGCCCUGCUGGGGGCACCCUCCCUCCUGGAGACACCUGCCCGCAGUUCUGCUCCAGCCACUCCAUGCCCGAUGUCCAGGAACAUGUCAAGGACAGCUCGCGGGCCCACGCAUACAAGCGUGAGGAAGGCUACAUCCUGGAUGAUUCCCACUGCGUGGUUUCCGACAGUGAAGCAUAUCACCUGGGCCAGGAGGAGACAGACUGGUUCGAUAAGCCUCGGGAGGCCCGCUCUGACCGGUUCAGGCACCACGGGGGCCACACAGUCUCCUCCUCCCAGAAGCGAGGCCCUGCCAGGCACAGCUACCAUGACUACGAGGAACCCCCGGAAGAGGGCCUGUGGCCACAUGAUGAGGGUGGCCCGGGCCGCCACACCUCAGCUAAGGAACAUCGACACCACAGUGACCAUGGGCGGCACUCAGGCCGCCAUGCUGGCGAGGAGCCGGGCCGGCGUGCUACCAAACCACACGUUCGGGACCUGGGACGCCAUGAGGCUCGGCCUCACCCUCAGCCCAGCCCUGCCCCGGCCAUGCAGAAGAAGGGUCAGCCUGGGUACCCCAGCUCCGCUGACUACUCACAGCCAUCCCGCGUUCCGUCAGCAUACCAUCAUGCCUCUGACAGCAAGAAGGGCUCCCGGCAGGCCCACUCGGGGCCCACUGCACUGCAGCCAAAGCCAGAACCCCAGCCGCAGCCACAGCCACAGGGCCGACAGGCACCUCCAGGGCCACAGCAGUCACAGCCGCCACCAUCCAGGCAGACCCCCUCAGCAACAGCAUCGCGCCAGCCGCAGCCACAGCAGCAGCAGCAGCAGCAGCAGCAGCAGCAGCAAGGUCACGGGCUACAGCCCUCCCAGCAGACCCCAUCACAGGCUCGGCUGCAGCAGCAGGGCCAGCCAACUGCCCGGGGCCCAGCCCCUGCUGCCAGCCAGCCAGCAGGGAAGCCUCAGCCAGGCCCCACGACAGCCACAGGCCCCCAGCCAGCAGGACUGCCACGGGCAGAGCAGACAAAUGGCUCUAAAGGGGCAGCCAAAGCACCCCAGCAGGGGAGGACUCCUCAGGCUCAGCCACCACCAGGACCUGGACCUGCAGGCUUGAAAGCUGCAGCCAGGCCUGGAGGGGCCCAAGGGGCUCCUGCUGGCCAGCCAGGUGCCGAUGGGGAGAGUGUAUUCUCCAAGAUCCUCCCCGGUGGGGCCGCAGAGCAGGCCGGCAAGCUAACAGAAGCCGUCUCUGCUUUUGGCAAAAAAUUCUCCUCAUUCUGGUGACCAUGCCCUGAAGGGCUCGUGAAGAGAUGAAGGGAGAGGAUGUCAUUGCUGUGGAAAAAUCUCUGGAGUCAGGGGCCUGGGCGCAGCUCUGGACUCUGCGUAUAACACAUCUAUAAUCUGGCGAACGCUUGGCA